CUUGAAAUAUUAAUUGAGAUUUAAAAUUUACAACCGUUACAAAUGUAAAUUUAGCCGUUUUGAAACAAAAUUAUGGAAAUAAGUGAAUGCCUCUUACCAAUUUAUACCUUUCCCUAAUUAUUACAAAAAGAUUUUUAAAAAAAUUAGCCGUUAUGAAUCCAAAGGUUUUACUACAAAAUCCCAAGAUGAAAACCAAAUCUGUGAUUAGAUUUGUUCAAAGAUAUCAAAUAUGAGCUCCAAUCGGUGUGCUGUUUGCAAGUAUUUUAGGCGAAGAUGUCCUUCAAAUUGCAUUUUCUCACCACAUUUCCCUCCAAAUAACCCUCAAAGAUUCACUUGUGUUCAUAGAAUCUAUGGCGCCAGCAACAUCGGGAAGAUGCUCGAGGAAUUAGCUGUGGAAGAUCGUGCAAUUGCAGUGGAGACGUUGUAUUAUGAGGCUAAGUGUAGAGUACAGGAUCCGGUGUAUGGGUGUGCAGGAUUAAUACCAUGGUUGCAACAAGAAUUAAAUAUCGCACAAAGUGAAUUAGCAAAAACUCGAGCCCAAAUUGCACUUGUUUCUGCUAAUUAUGUUGCAUUUCAACAAAAUGGUGUUGAGGAUGAUCCUUCUAAUUCUUGGUUUUCAUAGAAAUUGUUGUAGUUUUGAUCUUUUGAAAUAUCAUUGCACUUUCACUAAAACAUCCUACUUUCAUUUCUUUUAUUACACUGUUGUUCUUUCAUUUUUUUAUCAUCAAGAUGUCCUAGUUUGAAAA